CAACAAAGCAGACUGACGACGUCUAAUUUUCUUCAGUGCGGUCUGCACACGGACAUUAAACGACGCUAUUUUGUGGACAUAUUUUCCUAUUGUUGGAUUAUUUUUAACGCAUUGUAUGGAUUACAUAUUUGAUCCCGACAAAAAAAAAAAAAAAUGAGACGGCAAGUACAGUUUUUCAUCUUGGUUCUGUCUCUCCGCUCGGUGUUUGGGCAGGUCAGCUAUUCUAUUAACGAAGAAAUGGAAAAAGGCUCGUUAGUGUGUGACGUAGCAAAGGAUUUGGGUUUAGAUCUUAAAAGGCUCAAAUCGGGCAGAGCCCGAAUUCAUUCAGGAGACAAAGGAGAAUAUGUGGAGCUGAACAGAGAGAGGGGGCUCCUCCUUGUGAAGGAAAGAAUAGACAGAGAAACGCUGUGUGGAGAAACGACGCCUUGCGCUUUGCAUUUACAAAUGAUUCUGGAAAAUCCAAUGGAAUUAUUCCGUAUAACAAUAGAAAUCAUGGACAUAAACGACAACGCGCCCACUUUUGCUUCGAGUGAAAAACGUUUUGAUAUUAGCGAGUCCGCAGUUGUCGGAUCUAAAUUUGUACUGGAAAAAGCGAUCGAUCCCGACGUUGGUUCAAAUAGUCUCCAGAGUUAUUCUCUCAGUCCCACAAAUAAUUUUGUUUUGAAGCUAGAAAAUCAGUCAGAUGGAACUAAAAAGGUCGAGAUGGUUUUACAGAAGCCUCUCGAUCGAGAGCAGCAGGAGCAAAUAUCACUGUUAUUAACGGCGAAAGACGGAGGACAGCCGCCCAUGUCAGGGAAGAUACAGAUCAUCGUCACCAUAUUAGAUGUGAACGACAAUGCUCCAGUUUUUACCAAAUCAGUUUAUAAGGCGUCGAUAACAGAAAAUUCACAGAGAGGGACAAGUGUUGUGACCGUUAGUGCGUCUGACAGAGACGGAGGCUCCAACGGAGAAAUAUCAUACAUGAUCACCAACAGCAAGCGAAGAUUAUCCGAUUUAUUUCAGAUCGAUAGAAAAAGUGGAGAUAUUACCUUGAUUGGUGAAAUAGAUUAUGAAAAAGGUCAAUUAUAUCAAAUAGACAUUGAAGCUGUUGACAAUGGUGGACUGUCUGAUUCCAGUAAGAUUAUGAUAGAUGUUAUCGACGUCAAUGAUAACAAUCCGCAAAUUAAUUUACUCUCUAAAUCAGAAAGUAUUUUCGAAGACGCACCUGAGAACACCGUAAUAUCCAUGAUGAGUGUGAGUGAUCCAGAUUCUGGGAGAAAUGGUGACGUGAAGUGUAGAAUUAAAGGUGACGUCCCCUUUAAAAUACAAAAUACACUGAAUGGGUUUUAUAGUUUGAUAACAGAAGUAGCUUUGGACAGAGAGGUCGAGUCUCAUUAUAACAUCACAGUGACCUGCUCUGAUGAGGGAGUGCCCUCCCUCUCCAGCAGCGUCACUCUGACCUUACAGAUCUCAGAUGUGAAUGAUAACGCGCCUGUUUUUGAGAAGAGCUUAUAUGAGGCCUACAUUGUAGAAAACAACACACCAGGCCUCUCUAUAUUCACAGUGAAAGCCACAGACGCUGACUGGAACCAGAACGCGCGUGUUUCUUACAUACUGGAGGACUCCUCUGUUAACGGAGUGUCCGUCUCCUCAUAUGUGUCAGUUAGUGCUGAUAGUGGAGUCAUCCACGCAGUGCGCUCUUUGGACUACGAGCAGAUCAAGGACUUCCAGUUCCGCGUCAAAGCGCAGGAUGGAGGCUCCCCUCCACUCAGCAGUAACGUGACUGUGAAAAUAGUGACCCAGGACCAGAACGACAACACCCCUCAGGUUCUGUACCCAGUCCAGACUGGAGGCUCUGUGGUGGCUGAGAUGGUUCCUCGGUCAGCAGAUGUGGGCUAUCUGGUGACUAAAGUGGUGGCUGUUGAUGUGGACUCUGGACAGAAUGCCUGGCUCUCCUAUAAACUGCAGAAAGCCACAGACAGGGCGCUGUUUGAAGUGGGUUUACAGAAUGGAGAAAUAAGAACUAUCCGCCAAGUCACUGAUAAAGAUGCUGUCAAACAAAGACUGACUGUGUUCGUGGAGGACAACGGGCAGCCCUCUCGUUCAGCUACAGUCAUUGUUAACGUGGCGGUGGCGGACAGCUACCCUGAAGUGCUGUCGGAGUUCACUGACUUUACACACGACAAGGAGUACAAUGACAACCUGACUUUUUACUUAGUGCUGGCUUUGGCUGUAGUUUCCUUUCUCUUCAUCACGUGUUUAGUGGUUAUUAUAUCAGUGAAAAUCUACAGAUGGAGACAGUCUCGCAUCCUGUAUCACUCCAGUCUCCCGGUGAUUCCAUAUUAUCCACCACGUUACUCAGAUACUUUGGGGACAGGGACUCUGCCACACGUGUACAACUACGAGGUGUGCAGGACGACUGACUCCAGAAAGAGUGACUGUAAGUUCGGCACAGCUGGUAGUCAGAACGUGCUGAUAAUGGACCCCAGUUCUACAGGAACCAUGCAGCGGAUACAGAAUGAAAAGAACAUCCUGGAUGAACCAGAUUCUCCUCUAGAGGUUGGUCAUUUUAAUCAGUUUUCAUCUGAAAGUCAGCUUCAUGUGAAAGAUACUUUCAGUAAUGUCAUUUGUUGACAGUUUAGAUUCAGC